AUGUCGUCCUUCCCCCUCAACAAUCUACCUGCGGAAAUGCUCACCGAAAUGAGCCUUUAUCUUUCCACUUACGCAUUUGAGGAUCUGCAACGCACUUCCAAGGAAAUGCGGAAGAUUCUAGAAUACGCCGCAAAGAAAAGGAAGGAGGUCUCGGUGAUUCAAUCCGAUUUACAAGUUUGGAGAAAAGUUUCUGCAGAUCUCGCUAAAAGCUGUGACGCCUGGUUUCCGGAUGAUGAAGCUCCACCAACAGGUGCUGGUGUUCGCAAAAUGAUAAUCGGUAGCUACUUCAUCCGACAUAUAAUUGACACUAUCCAAUAUGAAACCCGCAAGAGUAUGGUUCUAAUCGCAAGGAAACGUUGUCAGAACAUCUUCGAAAUGAUUCUAAGCUUUCUGGAGCAUCAGUGGGCGCUGAUUAUUGGGAUCUCUGAUCAAGACCCUGCAAUCGCGGCGAAGAAUUUUUUUCUCGUCUUUUUCUUUGACCACCUUCAUACCCUAAUGGACGACAACAAACGGUGGGGUAUUGAGGAGUAUAGGACGGCAGCACAUUUACACAUACGGUCUCGACUGACAGAAAUAGUGACCGAUCACACUUAUCCCUUUGAUCAAUGUGUGCCACGUUACAAUUACGGAUUUAAUGCAGCUCGAACGUGGAUGUCGCUAGUGAAGCGCUCCGAGUGCAAAGAAGACCCGGGUAUCGAAAGAGCCUUCUACAGAGCCGGUCUUAUCAAAGAAACGACCCACUCCUACGAUGAAUACGUGCGCAAAUUUGUACAGCAGACGGACUUCUAG